GUGGGCACUGGUGGGUGCAUUGCUGGGCACAGGUGGGCGCACUGUUGGGCACAGGUGGGUGCAUUGCUGGGCACAGGUGGGCGCACUGCUGGGCAUAGGUGGGCGCAUUGCUGGGCACAGGUGGGCGCACUGCUGGGCAUAGGUGGGCGCAUUGCUGGGCACAAGUGGGCGGAACUUGUGUGUGGCACAGGUGGGCACCGAUCAUCAGGGCACUGAUGAUCAGUGACCCUGAUGAUCGGUGCCGAUCCCUGCUCUGACAACUGCCGGUUUUCGGCAGUACUUUCCUCACGAUCUGACAGCGUGAGGAAAGUGCAGCCGAGAACCGGCAUUUGCAU